GAUGGGAUCCUGGUGGGGGCACCGGGGGCCUACGACUGGAAUGGAGCCGUCCUGAAGGAGACCCGACAGGGGAAGGUGGUUCCACCCAAGUCCUCCUACUCACAGGAAUUCCCAGAGGAGCUGAAGAACCAUGGAUUGGGUCGUACUAUGGGAGUGAGAUCUCCCCGGUGGAUAUAGAUGGUGACGGAGUAACAGACAACCUACUGGUGGCAGCGCCCAUGUUCUUCAGUGGAGGCUGGGAGAAGGGCAAGGUGUACAUCUACAGAGUGACUGAGCUGAAUCGUUUCGUUCUGGAGGGAGCGUUGGAGAUCCAGGACCGUGGUCAGAACGCUCGGUUCGGCUCCUCGCUGGCCCCGGUCCCUGACCUGAACGGGGACGGCUUCAACGACGUGGUGGUGGGGGCACCGCUGGAGGAUGACCAUAGAGGAGCUAUCUACGUCUUCAGCCAACGCAACAGGAUUCUGCGUAGAUACAAACAGAGGAUAGCUGCGUUAGACAUGGCCAGUGGCCUGCGCUACUUUGGCCGUAGUAUCCAUGGCAGCAUGGACAUGGACGAGGAUGGCCUGGUGGACUUGGGUGGCUCCCUGGGGGCAGCCGUGCUUCUAUGGUCUCGCAGUGUCGUCCGAAUUCACGCCAACAUCAGGUUUGAACCCAGCAAGAUCAACAUCUUUGUGAAGGACUGUGAGAGGGGAGGCAAGGACGUGACCUGCAUGUCAGCCGUAGUGUGUCUAAACGUCACCGCCCGGACAGCCAUACCUCCUACACAGGAAGUGGCUAUCACUUACAACACCACCAUUGGGGAGCGCCGAUUCAACCCCAGAAGCCAUAUGGAGGACCCUGAUAAACUGCUGUUUCAAAACCUGACCCUGCUUUCUGGAGAGGAGACCUGUCAACACAUCUACUUCCAUGUCAUGGAGACCACGGACUACGAGAGGCCCAUCGUGUUCACUGUGGCGGUGGCACUGCAGCAUCCCGACCAGGGCCCUGCGCUGGACGACACCUGGCCCACCGUCAGGACUGAGCUUCCCUUCUGGAAUGGCUGUGAUGAGGACGACCGCUGUAUACCAGGCCUGUCCUUACAGAGUACAACUGACCUGCUGUCUUGGAGGCAGUUCUGUGGGAAUGCAGUCCACUCCAGGGGUGCGAUGUGUCGACGUCUGUCCGAAGGAGGGGCGGAGGGGUCAGAGCGAGUGAUGGAGGGAUCGAGGAGGAGGAUGGUGGUGGACGUUCGUCUGGAGAACAGCGGAGAAAACGCCUACGGAGCCCGCCUCAACAUCACCUACACUCCCAACCUACGAUUCUCUAGUCUCAUAGUCAAGCACAACUCAGAUAUCAAGAUAGAGUGUCGCAGUGAGGACAGACAGAGGCAUGAGAAGACCUGCAARGUCAGUGCUCCCUUCAUGAGAGCCAAGACUCAG